CUGAACCCAAAAUGAAUUUGGAUUCAAAAUGAAUACUAUACAUAAAUAUAAAAUAUAUCUGAACCCAAAGUAUUAUCAGCUCAAUCAGUCCCGAACAUAUAUAAAAUCCGAACAGGACUAACAUUCCAAAUUUAAAAAUCCAAAAAUGCUAAAUUCGAACGGAUAUCGGAAUAUCUCUUAACCGAUCAAACAGACCAGAUUGCAAAUGCUUUUGUCAAACCAAACGCUAGACAUAGUCCUCCUCAAUAUUGAUGGAUAAAGAUGUAACUAUGCUAAAAUUAGCUUGGAAAUUUUUCCGAGAAGAAUGGAUGGUUAGGCGAUUUGAAGGAUAGGAGUUGAAAAAGGUGUAGUUUGAUAUUAAAGUAAGAGAGGCAUUAAUGGUUGUCCGAGUUAUUCUCCAUUGGCCCAUUCAAAUCAAAUUAAGAAUCUCUUCUUCCCCAAAAAAUUCAUUUUCUUGUUGUUCGUCUCACAAAAGUGGACAAAAACAAAACAUAACAAGAAGUCCCAUCUCUCUAAUCUCAUUGUUGUCUUAGGUUUACCUCCAUCAACCAAACGCAAUGGCUAACGCAGCGUCAGGAAUGGCGGUGGAAGACGAAUGUAAGCUCAAGUUUUUGGAGCUAAAAGCUAAAAGAAACUAUAGGUUCAUAAUAUUCAGGAUAGAUGGACAACAAGUGGUGGUUGAAAAGCUUGGAAGUCCCGAGGAGAACUAUGACGAUUUCUCAAAUUCCCUACCGGCUAACGAGUGCCGCUACGCUGUGUAUGACUUCGACUUCACCACUAAUGAGAAUUGCCAGAAGAGCAAGAUCUUCUUCAUAGCUUGGUCACCUGAUUCUUCGAGGGUGAGGAUGAAGAUGGUGUACGCGAGCUCAAAGGACAGGUUCAAGAGAGAAUUGGAUGGUAUUCAGGUGGAAUUACAAGCCACAGACCCGAGUGAGAUGAGUUUUGACAUCAUCAAAAGUCGUGCUCUCUAGAUUCAUAUAUGCCUGUCGCCUGAUCUCUUAUCUUAUAUGCAUAAAUGCUCCAUCAUCAUUAUUCAAAGAACUUCUCCAUGUUAUGUGUUAUGUAACUUUCUUGGUUUCAUUCCUUCUUCUUCUUCUUCCUCUUGACUAUUUUUAAUCUUUUUAUUUACAUAUUAAAUUGACUGGGUUUUAUACUUGGCUUUGGAGAAGCUUUAAAACCUGUAGUUUCUCGUGUAACAGCUGCAUAUUUUCGUUGAAAAAUAAAACAUAUUAUGUCUC